CCUCGUCUUACGCCUUCUCCAAUUUGUUGGCAAACUCUCUCGGAAACUCCGACUUCUCGCCAACUUUGGACCGUGUUCAGCCACCCACACACUCGCGGGGACGUCGCAGUAAGCUGUGGGGAAUUUGGCCUCCCGUAUGUCCAGCUCGGACAGCUCCAUUUUACAAGCGCUCCGGGUGUGAGCAGCCAGAGUGGCGCACGGUCCUGCGCCAUGGGUAUGUUGUGUUGAUCAGACUACGCUGCUCCUUGGUGAGCCAGACGGAGUCAAGACCAGCUCUUGUCCUGCCCGAGAGAACUCCGUGGAGCCAUUCGCCAGAGCCUGCUUACCAUGAUCGGUGCCAACUGCGCUCCGCCGCAUUGCCAUUCUUCAUUGCACAACGCUUGUGGAGCUCGUCGAAAUUUGGGUCCGUAGACAUGGUGGCUUCUCAUUGGUGGGAAAACACGUCCGGCUUGGAGGAUGGCUGAAUGUAUUCAGGCAAGAGAAAUCAAGACAGAACAGUGGAAAUACUUGGGAAGAACUCAGAGACAUCUGCAGCAGCGUUGUGUGUGUUGAGCUACUACACAUGUUGGUGGGUCUGCCCCCUUCGGAUCUUUCGGGGACUCGAGCUGCCCCUCAUUGCCCCAAACCCCACCCAGAGAUCACUGCAUGUGGAACGCUAUGGGAGACAAAAAUCAGUCAGACCUUGGGAAAGUUAAAUCAACCCCUUCCUGGAGCUACAUCUGACGUUCGGACGGAUUGUGAGAAAGAAUGACGUGCAACGCUAAGAAUUAAUCAUUGAAUGCCUUUGCUCGACGAUUCGAUAGCGACGGUACAGACACCAAUACAGCAACACUGCAGGACGUGUUUGGCGUCGUCGUAGU